CGAGCAGUGCAUAGUCAAAGUGACAGAGUUGUUGGCCAGUCAGGAUGGACGCGGUUGUCAAAUGACGAGGACAAGUCCUGUCGCUCAAGAAGGACCCACAUGGCAGCACUUACUCGUGGUGGUGGUCAUUGCCACACGGAACCGACUCCGUUUGCUCCGAGAUCACGCCCUUCUGUCAAUCGCGAAACAGAUCCAGUGCCCGACAGCGGUGGUUGUGGUGAAUGACUCAAAUCUGGACUCGGUGGAGCAGGUUGCAGCAGCCGUUGCCGACGUGUUUCCAGGAGCCUACAGCAUGGCUCCAUAUGAGAGAAGAAGAGUGGCUGGCACCCUCCCCAAUCCCUUCCCAGUGAUGGUCACUUUCGCGGUCAUUGCCAAUUCCCGCACGCCCGGCGCAAGUGGUGCCUGGAACACGGGCAUUAGUUGGGCUGCAAACUUUGCUCAUGUAUGCCACCAGCCGUGGGAGGCAACCUUUGUGGCCUUCCUUGAUGACGAUGAUGAGUGGGAACCGCAUCAUUUGGCAAGCUGCGUUGCAGCGGUGCAGCAGACGGGGGCACAGCAAGUUGUUCCGGGAGUGAUCCGUGUUGCCACCUCAGGGUGUGGAGGAGACGGAGGCAGUGAAAUUCACCGCCAGUCGAUCCCAGCAGUCGAUGCUCUUUGUACGCGCAGCAGCUUUUACAUCAGAAAUCCACAUAUCCAGGCAAGCAACUUAUUUGCGAGUGUGGCCCUCCUCGCUCGUGCAGGAUUGUUUUGCGAGGCUCUAUCUUCGACGACGGACAGAGACCUCAUGGCUCGUAUUUCCGCGCUGCCAUUCCAAUAUGUGGGCUUUAUGCCUCUGACUGGUCCUGAGCCCUGGACGGUGCGGCACUAUGCGGAAGCUGAGCGAACGGAUCGACUCUCAACGUAUGGCUGCCCUGCAAAGGCUGAAGGUCUGCGCACCUUCUUCUCCAUUCAUGGCCCGUCCAUGACGGAAAACGAACGCGCUGCAUUCCUCCAGCAUUCAAGAGAGAUGUUUGGGGUGGAUCCUCUUGCCUCCUCAGCGGCUGGAGGGUCGUCAUCGAGGACUGUGGCGAGCAUGACUCGGACUGCACAAGAAGGAACAACAGUGCUAGGCCAGGCAGCAGAAGAGUGCAUUGUGGCGAGCGCGGCUCGGAUGGCACCAGAAGGAACAACAGAGCUUGGCCAGGCAGCAGAAGAAUGCAUUGUGGCGCAAGAAGGAACAACAGUGCUAGGCCAGGCAGUAGAAGAGUGCAUUGUGGUGGGCACGACUCGCAUGACACAAGAAGGAACGACAGUUCUAGGCCAGGCAGCGCAAGAGUGUGUUGCAGCAACACCACAAGGCAGAUCAGAUGAAAAACUACCAUCUAGUGCCACUGGCGGUACUGCAUCAAGCAGUACAUUAUUGAGUCGGGAGAGGACACCGGGCAGGGCUGCAUCAGCUCAGUCUGGAUCUAGGACAGCCGCUCCAAACCCUGAAGCAAGGACUGUAAGCGGGAGUAAAUGGACUGGGGCAGAUGCAUGCCAGGCGACCACCCCUCUUCCAAUCAUCGUCGGUGUUGUUUCCGAUAAGAAUGAUGGAGAGACUAUCAGACAGCUUAUUCGGGACAUGGCACGAAUACAACGGGAGGGAACCAAUCCCAUUGUACAGCUCUUUGUGCUGGUAUUGGAGAAUGGAUGGACAGCAGAGCAUCAGCUCAGGAAUGGCAGGUGCGAUAGUCCUCCAAGUGCUCUUGCCGAUGCUGUGUACCAGGAGGCUGCAGCUGGUGCAAUUGCAGCCACGGUUAUCACCCCAGGCAUGAUAGCAAGUGAUGUUCGUGAUGGACUGCUGCCACCUCUGGACGAAGUGAUGAUGACGUCUGUCGCCCUUGGAGAUAACCACCCAGGACCUUUUCGCCUAUCCAUUGCAACGAUGCGAACUUUGUUGCAAUAUUAUGCGUAUAUGGUUGCAUCCGAUAUCAAGUUGUGCUUCGGUUUGCCUCACUUGCCCAGACAGGACUCUGGUGGGCCCUCUGAAUCCGGUUUGGGAACCGGUGCUUUCUCUGUUUCUCCUGCCUUGCUGACUGGGCCGGUUGUAUGGAUCCUUGAUGAUGAUAAGGACUUGAGCCCGCUGGUGAUUGAUGUGGAAGGCAAUAAUUAUUCUAGUAGCAGGGACAUGUCUCAUGUGACUGGAAAGCUUUCGAGACAUUGGGCAGGCAAAGAUUUCGUUCCCCGUGCCUUACGCAUUCACCAUGCAACAGGUGCAGCCGCAGUCAUUGCAGUCGACACGGGAGCGCCACCUGUGCCAAGUCUGAGUUGUCUUCGAGUUCAGCUGGUUGAUGUGCUUGCGUUGCUGCAAGCGGCUGCUGCAUGCGGCAGCGGGGAGUGUUUGUUGCCGCAGUGCUCGGAUGUGCGCACAGCGAUGUGCCUCACACCAUCCUUCGCUGCGUCCUGUGCCGAUCAGGGGCAGCAAGAUUGGUACCACGACUUGUCGAAUGCAAGGAGUGACCACCUGGAAGUGCCGUGUUGCCCGAUGUGCAUGCUGCGAACAGCCUGCUGGGGCAUGUUCAAUGGGAACAGGGAAGAUGGCAGCGGGGAGUCAGCUGGCACCGCCUCUGAGUCCUCAAAUGUAACGACUUUGCAGGCAUCUCUGGUACCGGUGCGACCAGGUUCAACAGCCACAGAUGCACUGAAACUAGCUGCUCAAGUACUGACUGCCAUUGGCAGUGGUGCUAUGGUAACACGCCCCUUGGCGGUUCCACCUCCUCCACAUGACUCCGGAACUCCGUGUGGAGUGGACCGAACCCAUCCAUCUGUCCUGCGAGGCGGAUGUACUUUGGUGUUUGACCUUGAUGCACUUAGGGAUGUUCCCAACGUGGCGCCAGUGGGUUUGUCGGGCAGGACAACUCGCCGGUCGGACAUGAUGUGGUGUCUUCUGAACCGUGAGCUUCAUGGACGACACAUUGUUCAAGCACCACUUCUGGCGGUGUAUCACCGCCGAGGGAACAUCGUAAACAACCCAAAGGAGGAAAGCGGUACCUUGCUUUCCAGUGCCUUGGACGUUCUAGCUGAUGACAUCCUUGGGCAUGCUACCUUUAUGGCACUGCGAGGUGCGUUUGAGACUGCGCCACAUUCUACUUCACAGACUCUGAGCGAAUCUUCUGUCGGAUGUGACAGUCAUGAUCCUGAAAAUGGAGGUCACGGCCUCGGUGGGAGUGGAAGCACUACACUGCAUGGAAUUGAUGAACUCUGCUGCAGUGGAUCUCCUUCACCAGCUGCGCUUCUUACCCCCGCUCAGGAGGAUGAAUUCGUCAAGUCGUUCCAUUUUCAUCUCAGCCGGCGAAGCUUGGCAGCCCAGUUGUCUGCUGCUCGCAUAGUUGGCUUGCUACAAAGCAUGAGAGAGCUAUUGAAGCCUGCAGAAUCGGUGGUGGCUUCUCAAGAGUCUCAGAGGAGGAAUGAGGAAGCGAUCAGCACAUCAGGACGGGCCUGGUGGGAGUCUCUGCCUGAGGCAAAGUUGGUUCUGGAGAAGGUAGAAAUGCUCGCAGCAAAACUACAGCUGGAUGUGCUUUGGCCCCAACAUGCUGGUGGAGGCCUUGGGGACCGUGGGGCCACUGCAACUGCAGCGGCGUUACCACUAAUGCUUGAUCCACCUGCCGAUGAAGAGCUGCGCGCAUGGGUCCGUAGCUUGCCAGGACGCAAUAUGCCGCCUCUCUUCCAUCCUGGAGAAGAUGUCUGCCGCAGUGUUUGUGACCGUCUACGCAGCACUGCAGCACGCCCUCUAUUGGCAUACUCGCUUCGUGAGCUGGGCGAUCACGAUGUUGCCGCCACAGCCACUCUGGUUGGUGUUGGUAGUGAAGGCGUAACGUUCUGUAUACCACCCCAACCCCCAGUACUGGUAGUUGAUGAUCGGUGCAGGUCAGAUGAGCAGGACCGUGACAGUCCUCACCUGGUCGGCAACGCUGACAAAGAGCGGAGGGUUGCAUGCAAGGUCAUGGACAUGUUUGCACUGCGGGCGCAGAGAGGAGAUUGGUCCUGGCUAAUGGAGGUAGCGGCUGAGUGGAGUCGCACUCUCGCCUGCACAAAGGGCCUGCCAGGUGCAUCUCACCUGACACCUGCAAUAUGGCCGCUGCUGAAACUAAAGGGCUUCAUCCCUGUGGGGUCGCAUGUGCCCAUCCUGGCUCGAGAGUACCUUCAAGGGGCUACCUACAGUGGCGGCCUUGGCCCACAACUUAUAGCGCUCCUUCGUUCUAUGAGGCUUGCAAAUGUUUGCUGCAAAAAUAUCAGCCCGGAAAACCUGCUGGUUGUAGAGGACAAUUAUGGCCAAGGCAAGGCUGGUGCCUCAGACUUGGAGGAGUCCAUCUGCAAGGAUGAUCAGAGUCGUCGGUUGGAUGACCACACCCCACGACUAUCCCCUUCCUUGGUGCUGUUGGACUAUGGGUUGGACAUUGUCCCGUACACUCCGGCUCAGUUUCGCAUCUGCUCCCUUCGAGCUUUCCUAUGCUGGCGGUGGUCCGGUGUGAAGCCCACCCCUUCAGUCAAGGCCCUGCUCAGUGCCACAAGAGGACUGCUAGAGCCUAACGGAUUGUUUUGUGAGGCUAAUCUCCCGGAGGCUGCAGGUUUCUGGCAAUUUGAACGAGCCUUGGAGGAUGACGCCGGUGAAUUGGAAAGGAGGAUGUCUCUCCGAGUCAAUGAGUGCGUCAUGUGUGGCUGGCCGGGGCUGCGACCUCCGCCUCGUAGUAUACUAGACUUUGGAUGUGGUCCAUGUUGUAUGCUGCUGACUCGUGGUACCAAUCAUGGGGGAAUGGUGUCUGUGCCAACCGAUCGCAUCAGGGCCUUUCCCCUGCAGAUUGUUGGGUAUGACCCUGAGAUAUCUCUACGGGAACGAUGGGAGAAAUCGGCUGCAGAGAAGGCUGUUGGGUCGGCGAAGUAUGAUGUGAAACCAGAGUUCGUGUUUGUGUCAGAUCGGCAGGCUGUGCUUGACUUGGCAGCGAAGAAUGGAGGAUUUCAGUCGAUCUUAUGCAGCCGUGUCCUGUGCACUCUGCCUGCAGGCUCCCCCUCUGAAGAGAGUUUGCUUGAGGACUUGCGCAAGUGCCUUGCACCACAUGGAGUGCUGUACCUUGCAAUGUGCCAUCCUGAUGCAAACAGCACUGCAUACACAAACAUGCAGGCCCGUUGUGUCGAGGAGAGACUCAGUGGUGUUGGCUCUGUUGAGGGAGGUCCUUCAAUGCUGCUGCAUAAACGGCAUGGUUGCUCUAAGUCGGCUCGUUCUAGGAAAGACUACCAUCGGCCUCUCCAUGUGCUACUUCGCACUCUGCGGUCACAUGGUUUUGGCGUAAUAGCCCAGCGCACUGCAGUUACAGGUGUUGACUUGCAACGAUUUGAGACGGUUCCGGAGGUGCUGCUUCUUGCAUGCACGCAUGUGGAACAUUACAGUCCCAGCAGCAAUCUCCCAUCCGGGCCAGCUGUAGUAGAACCUGGCCCGCGGCCGCAGCAACCUGUUGUUCAUCAUAAUGCGCCAACUGCAGCCCUGCUCAUCAAGUUGUGCGCCAUGGAGUGGCAAACGCUAGUGGGACGCGUCAGACACUUGGUGUCCUCGUUAGAGGGACCACACGCCUUUGCCGGAGGCAUCCAUGUUGUGCUUGACCGUAGAAGCUCUGAUUUCCCUCGACCGCAUGGCAUGGCAUGCAGCUGGGAGACUCUUCUGGCCUUGGCGGACGACCUCAAGUGCAAGGGCUGGAUUGAGAGUGUUCUGGUCCCGCCAGAGGAUGAGGUAAGUGUAUCAGCACUUCUUGGUCGGUGGUUUGGCUCGGCGUCCGUGCAGUGGUCGACCUCCACUCAUGCCAGCAACGGUUCGCCAUUGGUAAGCACCUUGUAUGCCUUUGAAGAGCUGUGCUAUAGGCAUCAGGUACAGGUGGUGCUGCAGGUCGAUAGCGACUUGAUGAUCCGGCGAGGUGGCCGCUCUCGUUCCAGCUUGGCAGGGUCUGUGCUCCCUGCAUAUCUUGCUGCUGAUGGGAAGGGCUACCAACCCCCUGACUAUCUGCAACCUGCUAUUGCCCUUCUGACCAGCGAUGAUGGUGCACUCACCCUUGCUCUGCCCAUCGUGCCACGUCACGAUCACUCGGAAUUCAUUCCGUACUCGUGUGGCACAACAAUCGGAGGUGUGCUGGAGGGUCGAGUUCACUGGGAUGGCGAUGAGAGCUGUGCUUAUGCAAGUCCUCCGGCGCAUGCUCGUCCAUGGCGAGUAGAGGUGCGUGGAUGUUUCAUGCACCUACCUAGACUGAUGUCCCUCCGCCCACUGCCUACUGAGAUGGAAAGUGCGGGACCAGCAGCUACACACAUUCCGCCUGUGAAGGCAUUGCCUGAGGUGCAAGUGGUGGGACCUCCGCCCUGGUACCGUAGUGUUGACCUGGCUAUCGAGCGCUCAGCAGGUGGCCUGCGGUCGUACCGUGGUGGAGAUGCGGCUGCAAUGUGCUUUGUUCACCCACCAAAUGACCUCAAGCAGGAUCCAGGCAUCUACGGCCAGAUUAUAGAUGUGGUUGAGCGCAGCGCAGUUCUGCCCUCCAGCAUCGCAGGUUGUGUGGAUGCUCCGGUUGCAACAUGCUCUUCGGAUUUGACACAGUGGCUUUCACCGCCACCUGGUGCAACAUCAGAGGUGCGGCCAGAGGCCAGUUCAUGGUGGAGAGUGGAAGACUAUGUGUUUAUCGUUGCAGGAUGGCGUGUUCCAGCUGGUCGCGUUGCACGUUGCCUGGAGUCCCUUUGCAUUCAAAAGGUUCCCGAAGGAGUGACAUGGGGGGCGGUUGUUGUUUGGGAUCAUGACCACAGUCCCCACGACAAUAACAUUGCCAAUGAUGAUGAUGAUGAUGGGACGGGUGUUGCUGCAAAGCACGACAUGCAGAGAAGCCGGUUAUCUAGUAGGGUAUGCUGCUGGCAAGACACACUAGCCUAUGUGUCACAUAUGGUUGAAGGUGGCGGCAUGCCACGACUGCGUGGCCGAUGUACACUACUCAUGCCUCGUGUCCGUCGAGGUAUCCUGGCAAACACCAUCACGGCUAUUCGCCAAUUGUGUCGAAGACCCACUUCGGUGAUCAUCUUGCUAGAUCUUGAUGAUGCCCUGAUUGGCGAUGAUGUCCUGGAAGUUGUCCACAAUGCAUUUGCACGGGCUGGUGUUGAUGUUUUUGCUGGAGGCGGCAUGAGGACGGACAAACCUGGUCGCAGCAGCAAAAUAGGUGAGCCAACAUAUCAUGUCAAUUUCACUGAUCUGCCCCGAGGGCCUGCAUCCAGGGGCGGUUGUGUCUGGUCCCACCUGAGGGCUGCUCGCAAGGUGCUAUUUGAUCGGGUGAAAGAGGGAGACCUGAAGGCCAGCGACGGUGAGUACUGGCACUGGGCGUCGGACUGGGCACUCAUGCUUCCGCUCGUGGACAUGGCCUGGCGUGCCGCUCAGCCUCUGCGAGCCCUCUACUUCCACGAACCUGCAACUCCAGCUUCUGCUGAAACAGUGCGGGCUCGAGAAUGCGCCAUUGCCGCACUAGUCUCCCAGCCAUCCUACGCAAAGCUAGUACCUGUGGUAGCAGUGGUGGGUGAUGCUAGCUAUGGGCGAAGGCAAGAGGUGACACCAGCAGAUGUGAUCAGAGGAAUCUUGCCCGACCGUGCGAGCACAGCGAAGACCCUGGGCACUGUCUUGGCAAUGCGAGGAUACCGGGUGUUAUCUGGUGGUAUGGGUGGAGCAAUGGAGGCUGUGUCGCUCGGGACAUCCUUGGCGGUCACACAGACUGGAAUGAGGGAUGUGGAGGACCUUAGGGAUCCAAGCGAUGACCUUGCUGGUGCAAGCCCCCAAACGCAGACUCGGAUGGGCCUGAGCGAUGCAGAAAUCUUGUCGACCAGUGGCUCAACGUGUCCCAUCAGUGUGCAGCGUUGUGGUACAAAUGCGCUGGUGUCUUGUGCGCCUUUCCCAGCUUCGGCUGCAGCAUGCAUUGGCCUUCUACCUGGAAGGUCGCCCUUCACGAGCAACCCAUGGGUGGGCAUGCCGCUGCCCACGGACAUGGGACAUGGGCGCAACAAUUUGGUUGCGACUGCGGCAGAUGCCAUUGUGAUUAUUGGCGGUGGGGCUGGUUCGCUGCAUGAAGCAGCUGUGGCAUGGGAACAACACCGCCUCGUCAUAGCGAUGGUUGGAACCGGUGGCACUGCUGAUUUAUUAGCAAAUCGCCGCAUUGACGAGCGGCGCAGGCUCCACGGUCUUGCAGCGAGGAUGGAGCAGCAAGCUUCUCAACAGGGAGAUAAGUGGGGAGUGGACCGUGUUUAUGGUGUGCAUACGGUGGAUGAAGUAGUGGAUGUUUUGGAGCGCCGUUUACACUGGUAUAGGCUGGACUUUUUGGAAAGAGAAGUGGGAGACGGAGGACGAUCAGCAAUUACCGCUGGAGUCUUUUAGAGCAGCAGAGGCAUGUGCAUAGGGUGGAUGAAGUAGAAGACAUUUUGGAGCGCCGUUUACACUGGUAUAGGGUGGACUUUUUGGAAAGAGAAGUGGGAGGAGGAGGACGAUCAGAAAUUAACGCUGGAGUCUUUUAGAGCAGCAGAAGCAUAGCCUGCGUUAUAAGGUCUUUUUUUUUUCCUUCUUUUUUGUAAGCACUAGUAACUCUGCCGGCGUUAGGAACUAGUACCUCCGCCAGUGUUAGGAAAAUAGUUAAUACUGGCAUCCCUAAAACGUC